AUGGUCCCUUACAUGCUUAUUAUAGUGUCAUUGGAGUGGAGAGAGUUAGCAGUUACAGGAACAUUGCCACCACCAAGGUGUGGUCAUACAGCCACUAUGGUUGAGAAAUGGUUGCUUGUAUAUGGUGGCAGAGGAGGUGGAGGACCAAUCAUGGGUGAUUUAUGGGCUUUAAAGGGUCUCAUUGAAGAAGAUAACGAAGCGCCUGGAUGGACACAGUUAAAGCUGCCGGGGCAAGCUCCAGCUGCCCGAUGCAGGCAUACUGUCACCUCUGGAGGCCACUAUCUUCUCAUGUUUGGAGGCCAUGGAACCGGUGGUUGGUUGAGUCGCUAUGAUGUUUACUACAAUGACUGUGUUGUUUUAGACAGGGUGUCUGUGCAGUGGAAACGCCUUGCAACUAAUACUGAAGCUCCUGCUGCGCGUGCUUACCACUCCAUGACAUGUAUUGGCUCACGUUAUCUCAUAUUUGGUGGCUUUGAUGGAAAACUCACAUUUGGUGAUCUAUGGUGGUUAGUUCCUGAAGAUGAUCCUAUUUCAAAGCGAUCAGAAGUAAUUCAAGAGACCCGGAAUGACUUCCAAUCUGAAACAAAGGUAUCAGUUCAGCAACAAACUUUCACUUUUUAA